UGGACACACAGCAGUAGGCUUGGCUCUCGUCAGAUAUCGACUAAUAUUUUCGGCAAACAACCAAUCAAAAUUCCGGCUUAAUUUAAAAUGGCUGCAAACGAGGACUCGUCGGUCUCCUCACGCAUCACGCUUUUCAACCAGCAAGCUGAAGAUCAUAAAAACUGGAUGAUGAUAAACCCCUUUGCCCAUUACAAUGUGAGUGAGAUGCCCAAGAGGAGUUUCGCGCAGGCGGAAUAUGGUCGAGCUCCUUCAGGAAGUCUCUCCGAGCAGAGAUCCCUGCAGGCCAAUGUUCGAGCUCUCGAGGAGAUCCUUCAGCUAUGCGAAACUAUACAGAAAUCGGGUCAAGAUGAUUCAAAAGGUGGUCUUAAAGUGCUUGCUUUUGGGCCACUUUUCGAGCUUUACAACGAUAUAUCCGACAAGCUGUUGGCCACCUUGUUGGGUGCCCGAAAGUAUGGAUUUGUGGAUUUCAGCGGUGAAACCCUUUUUCAAGGUCGCGAUAAUGGGGUUCCCGUGCGACUGCUCCGCCCCUUUGAGGAGCUUAAAACCGAAAUUCUGGCCAAGGUCGCCGAUUUGCGUUGCGAUUUCACCGAAAAACCCGAGGAAUCGACUGUCCUACGCGAGGAUUAGCUAAUGUUCCCUGAAUGUUGCUUAAAAAUGGCCAGCAAAACUGUCACCUAAUCCCGUGACCCUUGUCAAAAACCGCACGUGUGCCACCCUUUUUUGCAGCUAAUUGAAUUAAAGUGUGGCUGCCGGGGCGAAAGGCUUUUCCAACGAAUAAGCAGGGUGGAAAAACCACCAAUCCCGUCACGUAUACGACAGGAGGGCCCGCUCGUAAACACCUGAAGCCGAGGGGCUUUUUAAACGCACCACACACACAACCAAUCCAGCUGCGAUUGUAUCACCUCCAGGAAAUAAACAAAUUACAGCCGA